CGGUCCGCAGCGUCAGCGCCGCGCGCCGCGGCCCGGGCUCUGGGCACCGCAAGAACCAGCCUCCGGCUGCCGCCUCCUCGCGUCCCCGGGGCGGGCGGGCGCGCCUCCGACCCCUCGGCACGGCGCAGACCUCGCCCGCGCUCGGUUGGUAGGAGGAGAGCAUUGGAGUUGUUUUCUCCUUGAUGCCAAGAUACGCCAAGCUAGGAGCACGCUCCUCCUUUCACAGUCAUCCAUCAGGAACAGGCCUGCAGGACGUGGGGACCAAGAACAGAGCUUUGCCACGUCAAGGCCAUUCCCUGCCACCUGUGGGCAUGGGCUGUGCUGGCAACUGAGCACCGCCCAGGUGGCAAGGAGCAUCAGCAUGGUUCACUCUGUUGGCUGCCCUCAGCCACCCUGCUACUGACGCUGCCCUGGACAGACGUGUGGGGGUCGCUCUGCCCAUGCUCACCCAGGCCUUGGGGCCAGGGGCCUGCCAAGGCUGAGUGAGGCCUCCCAUUCAUGGAUCUCUAGGGAUUUCCGAGAUGUCUGGGAAGAGAGGCUGGGGCUGGUGGUGGGCCCGGCUGCCCUUUUGCCUGCUCCUCAGCCUUUAUGGCCCCUGGGUGCCUUCCUCCCUGGGGAAGCCCAAGGGCCACCCCCACAUGAAUUCCAUCCGCAUAGAUGGGGACAUCACACUGGGAGGCCUGUUCCCGGUGCACGGCCGGGGCUCAGAGGGCAAGGCCUGUGGAGAACUAAAGAAGGAAAAGGGCAUCCACCGACUAGAGGCCAUGCUCUUCGCCCUGGACCGCAUCAACAAUGACCCGGACCUGCUGCCCAAUGUCACGCUGGGCGCCCGCAUUCUGGACACCUGCUCGAGGGACACCCACGCCCUCGAGCAGUCCCUGACCUUUGUGCAGGCGCUCAUCGAGAAGGAUGGCACGGAGGUCCGCUGUGGCAGUGGCGGCCCCCCCAUCAUUACCAAGCCUGAACGUGUGGUGGGCGUCAUCGGUGCUUCCGGGAGCUCAGUCUCCAUCAUGGUGGCCAACAUCCUUCGUCUCUUCAAGAUCCCUCAGAUCAGCUACGCCUCCACAGCCCCUGACCUGAGCGACAACAGCCGCUACGAUUUCUUUUCCCGCGUGGUGCCCUCAGACACGUACCAGGCCCAAGCCAUGGUGGACAUCGUCCGUGCCCUCAAAUGGAACUACGUGUCCACGCUGGCCUCGGAGGGCAGCUACGGCGAGAGCGGCGUGGAGGCCUUCAUCCAGAAGUCCCGCGAGGACGGGGGCGUGUGUAUUGCCCAAUCGGUGAAGAUACCGAGGGAGCCCAAGCCAGGGGAGUUUGACAAGAUCAUUCGGCGCCUCCUGGAGACGUCCAACGCCAGGGCCAUCAUCAUCUUUGCCAAUGAGGAUGACAUCAGGCGCGUGCUGGAGGCUGCACGGAAGGCCAACCAGACAGGCCACUUCUUCUGGAUGGGCUCGGACAGCUGGGGCUCCAAGAUCGCACCUGUGCUGCACCUGGAGGAGGUGGCUGAGGGCGCUGUCACCAUCCUCCCCAAGAGGAUGUCUGUGCGAGGCUUCGACCGCUACUUCUCCAGCCGCACGCUGGACAACAACCGGCGCAACAUCUGGUUUGCGGAAUUCUGGGAGGACAACUUCCAUUGCAAGCUGAGCCGCCACGCGCUCAAGAAGGGCAGCCACUUCAAGAAGUGCACCAACCGCGAGCGCAUUGGGCAGGACUCAGCUUACGAGCAGGAGGGGAAGGUGCAGUUUGUGAUUGACGCCGUGUACGCCAUGGGCCACGCACUGCACGCUAUGCACCGAGACCUGUGUCCGGGCCGUGUGGGGCUCUGCCCGCGCAUGGACCCGGUGGACGGCACCCAGCUGCUCAAGUACAUCCGCAGUGUCAACUUCUCAGGCAUUGCAGGGAACCCCGUUACCUUCAAUGAGAAUGGAGACGCGCCUGGGCGCUAUGACAUCUACCAGUACCAGCUGCGCAAUGGUUCUGCUGAAUACAAGGUCAUCGGCUCUUGGACUGACCACCUGCACCUCAGAAUAGAGCGGAUGCACUGGCCGGGGAGUGGGCAGCAGCUGCCCCGCUCCAUCUGCAGCCUGCCCUGCCAGCCAGGUGAGCGGAAGAAGACGGUGAAGGGCAUGCCCUGCUGCUGGCACUGUGAGCCCUGCACAGGGUACCAGUACCAGGUGGACCGCUACAACUGCAAGACAUGUCCCUACGACAUGCGGCCCACCGAGAACCGCACCGGCUGCCGGCCCAUCCCCAUCAUCAAGCUGGAGUGGGACUCGCCCUGGGCCGUGCUGCCCCUCUUCCUGGCCGUGGUGGGCAUCGCGGCCACGCUCUUCGUGGUGCUCACCUUCAUGCGCUACAACGACACGCCCAUUGUCAAGGCCUCGGGCCGCGAGCUGAGCUACGUGCUGCUGGCCGGCAUCUUCCUGUGCUACGCCACCACCUUCCUCAUGAUCGCGGAGCCCGACCUGGGGACCUGCUCCCUGCGCCGAAUCUUCCUGGGGCUCGGCAUGAGCAUCAGCUACGCCGCCCUGCUCACCAAGACCAACCGCAUCUACCGCAUCUUCGAGCAGGGCAAGCGGUCGGUCAGCGCGCCGCGCUUCAUCAGCCCCGCCUCCCAGCUGGCCAUCACCUUCAGCCUCAUCUCGCUGCAGCUGCUGGGCAUCUGCGUGUGGUUUGUGGUGGACCCCUCCCACUCCGUGGUGGACUUCCAGGACCAGCGGACGCUCGACCCCCGCUUCGCCAGGGGCGUGCUCAAGUGCGACAUCUCCGACCUGUCCCUCAUCUGCCUGCUGGGCUACAGCAUGCUCCUCAUGGUCACGUGCACCGUGUACGCCAUCAAGACGCGCGGGGUGCCCGAGACCUUCAACGAGGCCAAGCCCAUCGGCUUCACCAUGUACACCACCUGCAUCGUCUGGCUGGCCUUCAUCCCCAUCUUCUUUGGUACCUCGCAGUCGGCGGACAAGCUAUACAUCCAGACGACGACGCUGACGGUCUCAGUGAGUCUGAGUGCUUCAGUGUCCCUGGGGAUGCUCUACAUGCCCAAGGUCUACAUCAUCCUCUUCCAUCCGGAGCAGAACGUACCCAAGCGCAAGCGCAGCCUCAAAGCCGUCGUCACCGCCGCCACCAUGUCCAAUAAGUUCACGCAAAAGGGCAACUUCCGGCCCAAUGGCGAGGCCAAGUCUGAGCUCUGCGAGAACCUCGAGGCCCCAGAGACUUCCCCUUCCCGGGCCAUCCCCCCGGGCCAGACUCUGCUGGUGCAGGAACAGGUCUGUCAAACCAGCUGUGCUCUAGGGCGCAUGAGUGAGUGGGGCAUUCGCCCUCACCGGUGUCUAACUGGAGGUGACACCCUGACCCCAAAGGUGACGCUCAUGGUGCUGUGACAGGCUAGGGAAUCCGAGAGGGCAGGCCUUCACGGAGAGCUCUGAUGGUACCUCACUGGCAUUGCUGCUUCUACCUCUGCUCAGGCUGGUCACCUGGAGACAGGGGACACUUAGCCCCAUUCCCGCUAGACAAGGAUGGGGGUGGAGGCAUGGCAAGGGAAACCCCAAUGUUCGCAGCCCCCUGCUUCCUUCAAGGGAAGGAUGAGAGCUGCCCACUCGCCCCCUGAAGCAAGGGCCAGAGGCCAGGGCUCCUUGCCCCUGCUGUGUCUCAGCUUAGUGACAACAGGGGCCAUGGAGGUACCAGGCAGGAGCCAGGUGAUUAAUUCCAGGGACAGCCAGACUGAGGGGGGUGUGAGCGGGAGGAGUGGGGAGGUGUCACUCCUGUGGAGCAGGGACAUUUUUCACUCUGUCACUGGCAGGCCACGUAUCUUUAAACAAACAACAGAAUAAAUAAUUCAGGGCCCCGAUUGCAGGCAGAUUGGGUAUGGAGACAUGGGGGCAACAAAUGGGAUUGUCAGCUCCUGCCUGCCGCUGCCCAGCUAAUUGUUCUCUGAGGUGGCGGAGCCUGAACACUAGCUGCGAGGGCCUGUCACCAGCAGGGGAUGGGUUUGGGGCCCUCUGCUUACACCCCCUUGUCCCUUCCCCUCAUACUGAGGAUGUCCUGGGGAGUCACUCCCCCAUUCUCUCCUCAUCGCUGUAGUUAUUUCAGCGCUGCUCCUUUGCUGGCAUUUUGCAAGGUUUAAAGAGUAUUUCCAUCCACCGUGUGGCUGAGAGCCAGCCAAGGGUUAAUUAUCAUCCCAUUUUACAGAUGAGAGAAUCGAGGCUCCAAGAGGUUCAGUUUAUUGCAAGGGCCACAUGACAGGUGCUGAGAUCCCCUGUACUGGUGAGGCUAGGACUGGAUCCCAAGUCUGCUGACUCCUGGCCAGACCCUUCCUUUUGUUCCUCACAGUUAGCUCCUGGGGGCCCCCGGGCACUCAUUGCUCCCAUUUUCCAGAUGGUGACACUGAGGCUCUGCUGAGGGACUCUGGGGCCCCUGGCUUAUAGCUGAGGGCUGAGUGCACUUCCAGGUUCUGGAGCCCUGGGUUGGAUUUUCUAUUGGAGACAGCUCUGAUCUUAGAGGAACAACAGGGGCUCAAAUGUCCCUAACC